UAAAUGCGUAAAUUGCCUUUCUUCUUAAUUUGUUGAAAUUGUUUUAGCCUUUAUCUUGCGGUUAGUAUAAGUAUUGCUACGUUUCAACAAAACUUAGGAAUCUCAAACCAUCAGGUAAAAUGAUCUUGCUUCUAGUUCUAGUUGUGGCUGUCAGUUUAAUAGGCUCUUAUGUGUACAAGUCCAUAAAACCACCGCCACCAAUUCCGCUGCCGGAGAAUGUUUCAGAGAUAUGCCCAAGAGUCAAGCUCAAUGAUGGGAGAUAUUUAGCCUACAGAGAAUUAGGGUUUCCAAAAGAUAAAGCCAAAAACAAAAUAAUCAUUCUCCACGGAUAUGGAAGUUCCAAGCUAGUCGAUUUGAAAAUCACACAGGAAAUGAUUGAGGAAUUCGAGAUAUACUUCUUGCUCUUCGAUAGAGCUGGUUAUGGAGAAAGCGAUCCUCUUCCAUCACGAACACUGAAAACGGAUACAUACGAUAUCGAAGAACUCGCUGACAAAUUGCAAAUCGGUCCAAAGUUCCAUGUCUUAGGAAUGUCACUCGGGGCUUAUCCAGUUUACGGCUGCCUCAAAUACAUUCCUCAUAGACUAAGUGGAGCAACGUUGGUGGUCCCGUUACUGAAUUAUUGGUGGAGUCGUAUGCCUCAAGACUUGUUGAGUUCGGCGCUUAAGAAAUUACCAAUUCAAAACCAACGGACAUUUCGAGUUGCACACUACUUGCCAUGGUUGUUUUAUUGGUGGAUGACUCAGAAAUGGUUCUCACCGUUUAGUCAGAAUCCAAGAGAGACUAUGACCGACCGCGACAUAGAACUCGCGGAUAAGCAUACGAAACACGCCUAUAUCAAGGAAUCUGCUCUACGACAAGGCGAAUAUGUGAGCAUGCAUCGAGACAUCAUUGCGGGUUUCAUGAAUUGGGAGUUUGAUCCAACCGAAUUGCUCAAUCCAUUUUCAGAUGAUAACAAAGGGUCGGUUCACAUUUGGUGUGCACUCGAAGACAAGCAAAUUUCUCGCGAGGUUUUACUCUAUAUGUGCGAUAAGCUGCCAUGGGUAAAACUUCAUCAAGUCCCUGAAGCUGGACAUCUUAUUAUCCAUGAGAAGCAGCAUUUUGAAGAUAUUAUCAAAGCCGCAUGUAAAAUGAUCUUGCUUCUAGUUCUAGUUGUGGCUGUCGGUUUAAUAGGCUACCAUGUCUACAAGUCCAUAAAACCACCGCCACCAAUUCCGCUGCCGGAGAAUGUUUCUGAGAUAUGUCCAAGAGUCAAGCUCAAUGAUGGGAGAUACUUAGCCUACAGGGAAUUAGGGUUUCCAAAAGAUAAAGCCAAAAACAAAAUAAUCAUUCUCCACGGAUAUGGAAGUUCCAAGCUAGUUGAUUUGAAAAUCACACAGGAAAUGAUUGAGGAAUUCGAGAUAUACUUCUUGCUCUUCGAUAGAGCUGGUUAUGGAGAAAGCGACCCUCUUCCAUCACGAACACUGAAAACGGAUACAUACGAUAUCGAAGAACUCGCUGACAAAUUGCAAAUCGGUCCAAAGUUCCAUGUCUUAGGAAUGUCACUCGGGGCUUAUCCAGUUUACGGCUGCCUCAAAUACAUUCCUCAUAGUCAAAAUCCAAGAGAAACUAUGACCGACCGUGACAUAGAACUCGCGAGUACUCAUUCGAAACAGGCAUAUAUCAAGAUCCCCAAUUACUUUUACCCGGUCAAGGAAUCUGCUCUACGACAAGGCCAAUAUGUGAGCAUGCAUCGAGACAUCAUUGCGUCUUUCGGGAAUUGGGGUUUUGAUCCAACCGAAUUGCUUAAUCCAUUUUCAGAUGAUAACAAAGGGUCGGUUCACGUUUGGUGUGCACUCGAAGACAAACAAAUUUCUCGCGAGGUUUUACUUUAUAUGUGCGAUAAGCUGCCAUGGGUAAAACUCCACGAGGUCCCUAACGCUGGACAUCUUAUUAUCCAUGAUAAGCAGCAUUUUGAAAAUAUUAUCAAAGCCGCAUGUAGUUAAAUGAAC